AAUAAAUAAAUCUAAUAUUUUAGCAUCAAUUACUUAAUAAAUAAAUCGAUUUACUUAGCCCAGGGAAUGAAUACUAGUUUUAUUUAAAAAAAAAGAAACCUCAACGACGCAAGGUCGUAGUGUCUAAGAGCGCCUGUGACUUGCUUGGAACAAAAUCCCCAUUUCAUCAAAUUUUGCUGUUUAACUAACGAAUCGCCGGCGGUAGUCUUAGUGGGCUAAUUGCCGUUAGAUAGAACGAUAAUCGAACAUGUCGAACGAAGUAAGUGAUUUCGGUAAAGAUGUGGUCGAUGUUUUGAAAUCCCAAUUACAGUCUCUCCGAAAUAGAGUCAAGGAAUUAGAAACUGAGAAUGCAAAGCUAUCUUCUCAACUCUCCAAAUGUUGUUGCCAUAUGAGAGAGGAGAUGCUUAACACUUAUGAUGUAGAAACUUUCAAUCCGGGUUUGCCAAGUCAGAGAAAAAACACCGGAGGUGAUAAGACCAGAAAAAAGAAAGCAAUAGAAAGAAUUCCAGGUUAUAAUUUGGAAAUCAUGACUCACCAUUCCAAGAGAUAUGUUGCCCUAAAAGUCAUGUAUUUUGGUCAGAGGUUUUAUGGUUUUGCUUCAGAAGCACAAAUGGAUCCUACUAUUGAGUCUGAAAUUUUCAAAGCUCUUGAGAAAACAAGGCUUUUAAUUGGUGACAAGAAGGAAUCACGGUACUCAAGAUGUGGCAGAACCGAUAAGGGAGUCUCUUCUGUUGGUCAGGUGAUUGCAUUGUUUUUAAGGUCAAACCUCAAAGAAACUGAUGCAAACAACAAAAUUUCUGGAGAAUUAAUUCCAGAUACACGAACUGAAGGAGAAAUUGAUUAUGUGAGAGUACUGAACCGAGUCCUUCCAAACGAUAUUCGAAUUUUAGGAUGGAGUCCUGUUUCAAUUGAUUUCAAUGCAAGGUUUAGCUGUUUGGCUAGAGAAUAUAGAUACGUCUUUUGGAGAGGAAAUUUGAAUCUCCCAGCUAUGGAGAAUGCAGGAAAGAAAUUUAUAGGAGAGCAUGACUUCAGAAACUUUUGUAAGAUGGAUGCAGCAAAUGUACACAACUACAGGCGGUGUGUUACAUUGUUUGAAAUUUCUUCUUCUAAUAUUAGGCUUGAAGGUAAUCAGCUUUGUGCAAUUAAAGUUAAAGGUAGUGCCUUCCUAUGGCAUCAGGUUCGGUGCAUGGUUGCUGUACUAUUUAUGAUCGGCCAGGGUCUCGAAUCAGUUGAAGUGAUAGAUUCAUUACUGGACACAGAGAAGACACCAAGAAAACCUCAGUAUGCCAUGGCUCCAGAGAUACCAUUGGUCCUUCAAUCAUGUGAAUUUGAAGAUGUCAAAUUUAUUUGUUCAUCAGAUUCUGGGAAAGCACUGCGUAUACACUUGGAAAAUGAAUGUCAAGCAUACCAGCUCCAAUCUGCAAUUUUUCAUGAGGCUGUUCUGAGCUGCUUGCCUUUAGCAAAUGACCAGAGUACAUUGAAUAAGGGAACAAUCAAGAAGGUGGCUUCCCAUGUUCCUCUCUUGUCACGGCCAACUGAGCCAUCAUACGAAGAUCGGUGUGCCAAACUGAAUUCAAGAAGAUGAAACUGGAAAACAUUUUGGGUAAUCAUUCUGACUUCAUUAUCCUUCACCUCUAAAUUUUGUGCUGUACUAUGGAAUAAGUAUGGAGUUCAUAGUUUUGAGUUGUUUGCUGGAAAGCAUUUUGGUUAAUCAUGUUGACUUAAUUACCCUUCACCUCUAAAUUUUGUGUUAUACUAUGGACAAGUACGGAAUUCAUAGUUUUGUGUUGUUUGUACUUCUUAGUCAUGCCAGGGAAUAUGUAAUUUUACAAAUGGUGAAUUUUGAUCAUUAUCAUCUAAGGAAAAGUGUUCUCUCGUAUGGCUUUCACAGUUUUCACUAUAUUGCUUUUACUUACUUUUCUUUUUGGCUACAUUGGGAGCAAAGUUAAAGUGAAACUAAAGCACAAAUAGUCAUGGCCAACAGGUAUGAGAUUCGAAUCUCAAAGUUGUAAUUUUUUUCUUCUAUUCUUAAGUUGCGACUUCUUUUGUACUAAAAAAUAAAAUGAAUUACUAAGCACAGGCUCAACAAGUAGGAGGCUCUUCAGACGCAUUAAAUCCCAAAGAUAAAUACCGCAAGCUAUCGGCCGUCUAAUCUGCCAGGUCAAAGCGGACUAACCUUUUUUUUUUUUUUUUUUUAUCACAGGUUCACAUAUAAAGUAAUUACUUGAAUAUGUUUAGUUUGUGGUGAUUAAUCUUCCAAGUUAUCUGUUGUUUACCACUUGGGUCAUUGAUCUUUUAUGAGGACUAAGGAGAUAAUUUUGGAGGGCAUCAUCCCUGUCUAUGCUCUUUGAUCCACUUCACUCUUCAACUACCAAGUAGAAAAAGCCACAAAGGGGAAUUAGGGCAGACAUUAAGGGCUAGUAUUGCAUGCAAAGGCAAUACCUUGAGAUAUGGGAUUUAAUAUGGAAAACAGAAGUGAAGUGGCGAAUACCAAGACAUUCUACGAGGCCUAUUUGAAACAUGUGCAAUUCAAAUCACUUACCAUGCAGAUCUGUGAAACGGAAUUAUAACAUGCAUUUCCUCAACAAAACCAGUGAUACGAUGAAACCACUUUUUUUUUUAUUAAUUAGCGGCAAGAGGUUUUUGGGUUUUGCUCAAUGCGUAAAUACGUACAACCCUUUCCGAAUCGGUUUAAGUAGGAUUAUUUUUGUUAAAUUUAAUAAAUUUAUAAAAAAAAUUAUCUUAUCAUAGUCUUUCACCAAAUUCGAAGCCACUUUGUUAUGAUGGUGCUGUGGCAAUUUUUCCAAGUAUUUAAUUUCCAUAAAAACAAACAAUAUGUCAUGACAAUUACCCCGGAAAGUUUUUCAUCAACACAGUAAAUUACGACCAAUGCUUCAUUGACUGAUGAUGAAUUGUUGGAAGAAGUGGGACUGAGGGAGGAAUCUGUACGUGCGUGAGCUGAGAACUUGGUAAUCACGCAGAACAUAAGGGAUGAUCGAGGUCCUUGUUAGCCCAAUAACCUUAAUUUGCCGCAAUUGGGCCGGUGAUUCAUUCAGUUUUCUACCUUAAGUGGUACUUCCUUCAUGGUGCAUCUAUAUGAGUUUGUAACUGUUUGGUAAGUAGUCAAAUUGGAUGUACAUCUGCAGAUGGCUUACAAGGAAA